AGCUCUCUGCUCUCAACAACAGGCUGUGUUGGCUGCCCACUCGUUUUAUAUUCAUUUAUUUCUUUUUCUUCUCUUGUUAUCUGCUUAGAUUUCCAGAACUACAAGCAAGAAAGAGAAAGAGGGAAAGGAAGGAGAAUAAAAGUUAUACUUGGAGAUUUUCUCUUUUUUUUUUUUUAAUUUCUAUUUCUCAUUGAUUUUUCCGUUACUCUCUUGGGCAAAAAUCGAUGGUUCAGUUUUCUUGUGGUUUUAUUACGUUGACUGCAUUCAUUGAAGAGAUCUAAAGUAUUCUUUUGAUCGGUUUUUGGCUUUAGCAAGUUCCGGGGAGGCGAUCUCAUCUGAGUUCUGUUGGUGAAUAAGAUUCAAAGAUUUUUUUUUUCCUUUCAGAAGACGCCAUUUGGUACCACGAAGAAGGCAGAAGACAGGUUGUUUCUCUCUGUCUGUCUACGCUUGGCUCAAGGACUUGGACUUGUGUAAUGCUGGGUUCUUACAACUCUAAUGAGCUUUGUCUGAACAGGGUAUCUAUGAUUUUCGUCACAGAUCGCCUGGAAUCACUGUUACAGAAGAUCUAAAGAGGCUUUUCUUCAAGUCAAAGUUAUUUCUGUAACGGGCUCAGAAGAAGAUAAAAUAUACAAAAGUUGAGUUUUAAGAUGAUGAGGAUGAAGACUAAAACCACAGGGCUGUCACCUUCCCCGAUGAUGAAUGGUAGCUCAGCUGGUGGAGCACCUGAACCUCUGGCUCAUGAUUGGGAACUAAGACCAGGUGGAAUGCUUGUACAGAAACGAAACCCGGAUUCUGAUCGGACUUCUGCCCCGCCACCGACAAUUAGAGUUCGGGUCAAAUACGGGUCUGUUUACCAUGAAAUGCAUAUCAGUUCUCAAGCUACAUUUGGGGAGUUGAAGAAGAUGUUGAGUGGACCAACAGGAUUGCACCAUCAGGAUCAAAAGCUGAUAUACAAAGACAAAGAGAGAGAUUCAAAAGCCUUUCUUGACAUGGCGGGUGUGAAGGACCGAUCAAAAAUUGUGCUUGUUGAAGACCCUAUUAGCCAAGAGAAACGUUUACUUGAGAUGAGAAAGAAUGUCAAGAUGGAGAAGGCUUCUAAAUCCAUAUCCGAAAUCAGUCUGGAAGUCGACCGGCUGGCGGGACAGGUGUCUGCUCUUGAAUCAAUAAUUACUAAAGGGGGGAAAGUGGCCGAAAAAGAUUUUCUUGGUGUAAUUGAGUUGUUGAUGAAUCAAUUGCUUAAAUUGGAUGGUAUUAUGGCUGAUGGAGAUGUAAAAUUGCAGAGAAAAAUGCAGGUGAGAAGAGUGCAGAAGUAUGUUGAAACUCUGGAUAUGUUGAAGAUUAAAAACUCUAUGCUAAGUGGCAAUGGAGUUAAAACAUCAAUGCCGAAUCAACAGAAGCAUUCAAAUGGGCAAAGAUCAACAUCAAUUCAAGAGCAAGCCCCUGGGCAUUUGAAUGGGCAGAAACUAGUGCCAAUUCAAGAGCAGCAAGCUAGGCAUUCUUUUGAACAUUUGUUAAUAAAUGAGCAACACCAGAAUCAACAUCAACAACCAAGGCAUUCAACAUCAGGACCAGUUGUCGUAACCACGAAAUGGGAGACCUUUGAUUCUAGCCCAGCAUUGCUGCCAGUCCCCUCAACGUCCACAGCAACUACUGUCAUUAAUACAAAUUCAGCGCAACCUAAGUUCCCGUGGGAAUUCUUCGACUAAGGCCUAUGCCACAUAUUUGUUUUUCGUGUGGGGAUGUGGUUUCGGUUUGUCUUGCAAGUUGGUUUGUGAUCUGUUCUUCAUUCUUUUCUGUAUUUAGAUCCGUUAGCACCCCCCUUUAAUCUGUCAUUCAGUUCUCCACAAAUAAAUGGGGUUACUAGUUACUACAAUAGUGAUUAGUAUGAGAAAUAUUACACUGUUUCAUCAUCUUUUUUAUUUUACUUCAAUGUCUUUUGAUUCAUUUGUAUGUUUCAGUUAUCUUGCUGAAGAAUUUUAUUUGUAGAAUCCAGUAAUCCCAAUUGUAAAAUGUUGCAGCAUCUUUCAUUUUCUCUCACUCUGAAUAAACAAGUUUCAAUCAUGGUUUAGGUUGCUCAA